AUGGUUCUCUUGCGCCUGGAGGUCAGGGUUUAUCCUAAGGAACCUCCACCAACCCUCUCUUCUGAAGCCAGUGGCUCAAAUACGAGCGUUUUCUCGCGAUUGAUCGGAACCGGAGUGGGAAACCGCAAUAAAGAGCCCGAGCAGAAUGUUGACCGGCGCGACAGCGACGAGUUGGGAGAAGCGAACCCGGCUAAGCCAUACGCCUCGUUCCUUUUGCUGCUCAGAAAUUCGGAGGAUCUCACUUUAGCGGAUCUUGCUCGCAGAAUUUGUAUGGAGUGGGCUCACUUCCGAUCCGACCAAGAACCUCUAGAAAUUAAGAAACUACUCGACGAGGCAAACCCUACCGUUGACCUUAAUUUAUUCAUGACGGUUGCCGAUGUCUUUGUCGACAACGGCAAAGCAUUCUCCGACGGCCACGACCAGCGAGCAAUUGUUCGCGUGAUACAAAAGCCCGCCAGAUACGCGCCCCAGCGAUUUUCCUCAGUUGUGCAGGACUGGGAUGGUGCGACGAAUAAUGGAUAUCAACGCAACUCGCGUGUGAGGAACCAAUUCAACCCAAUUGCGGAAGAAGAAUAUGCCCCCGCUUCGGCGCAGGAGUCCCCUGUUGAACAGACAUAUCACGAUGCGCCCACCCCCUCCAUAGAAUUGCAGCCUCAAUACAGUCAAGAUGAAGCGAUUCCUGGCACUCCAACAAUUCGGAGCUCGGGAAGUGAGGAGCUUGGCGACUCGCCAAGUCCGGAGCAAGGCCACAAGUCCAAGAAGCGCAAGCCCAGUCCAGGGGCUAGUGGGCCCGUCAAACAACGCCGACUGGGUGGAGAAAAUCUGAAGAAUACGGAGGCCAGCGUCGCCAGUCCCAACAGGAAGCGAGUUAAUGUGCCCACUUUCGCGAGUCCGCGUCGGAGAGCUAGCCUGUCUGAGCGGUCAGCUACGGGCAACAGUCUUGGACUAGGCGUCACCUCGAGUCCGUUAUUCAAGAAGUUAGCGAAAUCCGAUACACCCUCAAGUCAGAACACUGGGCCCAUUUCCACUCCAAACAAUGUCGCGACUCCUUCAGGGAGCAUGCCCCCACCAUCAGCAAUCCGCAAGUCAUCUCCAGCAAGCAUCCAUUCAUACAAGAGACGGUCUGUUUCAUUCAAUGAACCGAUCCUCAACUCCCAGUCUACCACGCAAGCCAGCUCUUCCAAGACCAAAAGGCCGCAAUCGAAGCAUUCAAAGCCCGCCAACAAAACUCCUGUCUCUGGUUCAAAGGGGUCCCCACAUGUCCCGUCCAGUAGUAACAAGGCAGCUCCUGUGAACCAGCAGGACCUAGAUGAGCAAUUUGCUCGUAUCCAAAAGGAGGUGAAUGAGAAAAGAAGCCUAGAGAAGAAACUAAAGGAUCCAACCACCGAACCUGCGGCCAGGUCGAUUGUGGAAGCAAUACUCCAUAUAUACAGACAAAUCGACGCAGCCAGAAAGGAGAGACGUGAAAAUAGCCAAAGUGACAAGGGCCAUCGUAUCACGAGAUUAGAAAGAAAGAUUCCUCCUCUCAGGAAAAGACUCGUUAGGAUCGAGACUGGACCCACUACAGAGCCACAACAAACAGUGACUGAAACAUCAGAGCCUCGAGGAGAGCCUGAGACUGAGCCGCAGCCGGAGGCCCAGCGCUUAUUGCCUGCAGUUGAAGCAAGGGUUACCCGCUCUAUGCGCUCCUCCGCUGCAGCUCCACCAAUUCCAAGCCAAGCACCAACCUGGUCCUUCAUCAACGCCGUAUCUGCUCCUGCGCAAAAGCCCGUGACCCCUCGAGAAUCUCAAAGCCCGGGACGCAGAGGCUCACGGUCUUCGACAACUAGUUCUCAGGCACGCCUGCCUAACCCGUCAUCUAUCAGUCGCCCGGGCCGCUCUCCUUCGGUUGUGAUUUACAAAUCGCCCAGACGAGAAUCUCAGUCUGGAUCUGUCAACAAGAAGACCCCCAUCAAACCACAAGUUCCUGCUGAAAAUACAGAUAUCGAUACGGAGAUGAAGGAUACAGACGAGAACGAUGAGGUAGCGACUGAAGUGGCUACUCAGGAGACUACUCAGGAACAAACCGAGGAAGCGACGGGAGAACCCAGCGCAGUGCUCAACAACGAAGCUGACCACCCAGUCAUCGACGAUGCUAACCCUGUUGAAGAACACGAUGACCCCGAAAAUGAUCCGACUAGGGACGCCGAAAUGACCGAUGACUGGGAAGGAUCUGCGGAGGUUGUUUCAAAUGGGCUUGUUGAUGAUGCGGCCAUGGUAGAUGAGAAUGACGAGGAGGGAGAUGAUGAUAAGGAUGACUUUGUUGAUGAUGUGCCCGAGGAGUCAGAAGAUGAAGAAUACCAAGAUGCCAAAGAUUACGAAGAAUCUAGCGAAGGUGUUGCCAUUGAAAACGUUCAUCUUCAGGCGGAGGAAUCGGAUGAAUGCAACGACCAAGUUGGAGCUCAAAUGAACGAAAGCAACGAAUCUGAAUAUGAAAGUACGGAAGUGCCAAAUGGCAAUGGCAAUCUAGAGGUUGCCUCGAACGGAAAACCCGAUUCUGAGUAUCAAUUAUCGAAGAGUGACGAAUCUGAGUCUGGCUCUGAGUCUGAUCCUGAGUCUGAUUCCGAGCCUGGUCUAGAACAGUUGCCUUUCGUGCGCAGGUCUCCCAGAAAACAGCCGAAUACCCCCAAACCUAUCCCAAGACUUCAAUCCAGUCAACAGCUAGUCUCCUCCCAGCCGAAGCCAGCCCCUUUGGUUACGCUUAAGAGUCUCCUGCAAGCUGCUAAGGAAGAAGCUGCCCAGGAAGAGUUGAUGCGCCAGCAAAUGCUAGCUUCAGCUUCAGAUACUCCAGCCAAACCUAGUGUCCUCGACUUAACAGACGAUGAGAGCAGUGAUAGCGACGGCAAUGAUAGCUGUGGUGAUAUCACCUACAAUGGUGAUUCCCACAAGUCGCGAAAGCCAGUCCUGAGUUAG